CAUUGCCUCCCCCAGAUCCUGCGUAUGUAUGGUCCCGCGUCACAAUUGUCUGGUCGUCUGUGGCUUCUGAUCAUGUCUCCUCUUGUCAUAUGUUCUAUUUUCUCCAAAUUCUAUACAACAAUCCAUAAAUAUGUAGGCCUUUAUACAUGUACAAUGUAAUUUGAAUAUACAUGUACAAUACAACUGGCAAUAGGUCUACCCACUAUUGUGUGAAUAUGAUAAGAGUCUUUCAAAUGUAUGAAUAAUAAUAAUGAAAUAUAGCUUCAAAUAGCUAGGAAAUAAUUAUAGUCUCUUAUAUAGAGUAACCAUACUAAAUGACCAUACAUGAUGUUUCUGACAGAGAAAGGCUUUUGCUUAAAAUCCAGACGAUGGUCUCCUUCGACUCGAUCCUCGCAAUUUUGGGCGAUUUCGGGAAGAUACAGAAUAUCGUAUUUUUCGCUGCAGCAUUUCGUAUUAUCUUCUCAGCUUGGAUGGGAAUGUUGCCCGUUUUUGUGCUGGGAAAGAGAGAAUACAGGUGCUCGCUGCCAGGAUGGGAGAACGAUACAUACGUAGUUCAGAAUGCUGCUCACGAACAAAUGAUAAAUGCAACCGUUCCAGUAGGUUCGAAAUGUACUAUGUACGAUUUGGACGGCAACGAGACGAGAUGUUCAUCUUGGGUUUAUGACCAGACCUACUUUACACCAUCAGCUGUGAUGGAGUUCAACUUGGUGUGUGAAAGAAUGAUUUAUCGUUCAAAUGCUAACAUGGCCUUCAUGUUGGGCUUGCUGGUAGGAGGUGUGAUAGGUGGCGAACUGUCGGACAGGUUUGGUCGGAGGAAGGCGCUACUUUGCGGUGUCGCUUUGCAGGGGUUAGCGGGCAUAACGAGUGGCCUCGUUCCCGAGGUUUAUUCCUUCAUCGUUAUGAGAUUUCUGAUCGCUGUUGGUGGUACAUUCGCUUAUUCAGCUACUUUCGUCCUAGUGAUGGAAAUGGUUGGUCCGUCCAAGCGGCAGUUGGUGGGAAUCUGCCUGAACUUCUUUUAUGCCAUCGGGGUAUCAUCAUUGACCUUAUUUGCAUACUUCAUUAGAAACUGGCGGCAUCUGACACUCGUUACGUCAAGUUUCUUUGCCUUGCUCAUAUCAUACUGGUGGCUUAUACCAGAAUCUCCAAGAUGGUUGCUAGCAAAGGACCGAAAGCCAGAAGCAAUCAAGAUAAUUAGAAAGAUUGCGCGCGUCAAUAAGAGGGUGUUACCUGAGAUGUACAUUGAAGAACUGAACGUGGAACAACCCGGACAUCACGUGAAAGAAGAGAGCUUAAUCCAUCUGGCGAAAAGCAGGACUUGUAUGAUACGUCUGUUCAUCUUGAUACUCAACUGGGUAGCGAUAUCCACAGCAUUUUAUGGUUUGGCGUUGAAUUCUGGUAAUCUCUCUGGUGAUCUAUACAUCAACUACCUGGUCAUGUCACUGAUCGAAGUACCAGCGUACUUAUUUGCUCUACUGGCCCCCUACAAGUUGGGCCGUAAAAUCCCUCACACGUUCUGCAUGCUCCUUGGAGGAGUUGCCUGUGUAGCUUCUGUGUUCGUUGUCCUCUUUGGAAAUGACGGCACCGAGUGGGUAAUAACUGCUUUAUCUACAAUUGGUAAAUUCGGUGCAUCUGCUGCAUUUGCCUCGGUCUAUGUCUACACUGCCGAAGUCAUCCCAACCCCACUCAGGAACAGAGCCGUCGGGAUAUGCGGGAUGUGUGCUCGGGUUGGCAAUAUGAUAUCACCCUAUAUAUCAGACCUGGGCGAACUUAUAGAUGGCCCUUACUCGGAUGUUCUUCCUCUGAUCGUCUUUGGAACGCUCUGUGUCAUUGCCGGCAUCCUCAGCCUAUUCCUGCCAGAGACUUUCAGAAAGCAUUUACCCGAAACCAUAGCAGAGGCGGAAGCCAUUGAUAUGAAAAGAGCAGUUUAUAGCAUCUCGGAGAACUCUGACAAGCAGCAGAACGAGACUGAAAUUCCUUUGAACAUUACUUCCUAGGAACUACAUUCUACAACUAGUUACAUGUUCUUAAUCGAUAUUUACUCCCAACUAUUUUCAUUACAUCCCGUCACAAAAACAAGAAAACUCCCAUCAGUGUUUCUAAGAGAUUAUUAUUUGUGAAGUUCGAUCUGUCAACACCAGUAAACGGAUUGGAUGAUGUUAACAACAUUCAAUAUUGCCAAAUACAAUAUCCGGCGUGUGACCAAGUAAUGGAGAAAGUGUUCCCA